AAAAAAAUAGAACUGACAAGAGAGUGCUAAUCGUAAAAAGCAUACAGGCGAAUCAGAUUCAUUAUAAUACAUUCUGUGAGUCAUCGUUUAUAAUAUGUUUUGAGCGAUCACAUCAUUUUCAACAAGUUCACGUAAUAGUAAAUCCCAACAAAAUUGACACUAUUGUCCACUUCUCAUUAGAAUUCUUUAAGAAUGUCUGAGUUAUUGGUUGUACCAUUGAAAAAACCGUCCGAGGUAAAUAUUGCGCCGCUGGACAAUUUGAUACAAAGUGCGUAUAGUUCAAAUUCGCCUGGAACUGCAGCCAGUUAUUCGGAAGCGGUAAACGAAUUUGGAAAAUUGAGAAACGUUGCCAUCUGGAAAUUUUUCGAGAAGCAUGAGGGUUCGUUGGAAGUGGUUAACGGUUAUUAUGAUCAGUUAUGUGCCUUGGAGACGAAGAUUCCGGUGAAUGAGUUGCAGAUUCCUUUUAAGUGGAAAGAUGCAUUCGACAAGGGAUCAAUUUUCGUAGGACGAAUGAGUUUGACUCUAACUUCGUUGGCAUACGAGAAAGUUUGCGUUCUGUUCAACAUUGCUGCACUUCAGAGUGCGGUAGCAGCGUCUCAAAGUGUCGAAAGCGACGAGGGUCUGAAGGUGGCCACUAAACUCUUCCAGCAAAGUGCUGGCAUAUUCAAUCAUUUGAAAGGAAUUACACCAGCAGCAAUACCCCAAGAGCCAACGCCAGACUUGAACCCGGACACAUUACAGGUUCUCGCCAAUCUAAUGGUUGCACAAGCUCAAGAAAUUUUUGUCGUCAAAGCGAUUAGAGACAAUAUGAAGGACGCUGUUAUCGCAAAACUUGCAUGGCAAUGUGAGGAACUAUAUGCGGAGACUCUCCGGGGCCUUCAAAAAGAUUCCACGAGAUCUAUUUGGGAUAAGGAGUGGAUACCAACGAUUGCCGGCAAGCAGGCCGGAUUCCACGCACUCACCCAACUAUACCAGAGUUUGGUCUGUCGAGGCAACAAAGCAAUUGGUGAAGAAAUCGCUCGACUACAAAAUGCUGUCGAACUUUUCAAAUCAGCUCAGUCUCGUGCGGGAAAGCCCAAUCUCUUCGAGGAAUAUGCGAAUAAAGCGCAACGAAACCUGGUGGAAUCAAAGAAGGAUAACGACUUCAUUUACAACGAUAUGAUUCCAGACAUAAAAACGUUAGCACCUCCCGGCAAAGCUCUUCUAGCAAAACCGACAGCAUUACAGGCCACAUUCAGUUCGAAUCCGAAGGACCUGUUCGAAAAACUGGUUCCAGUAGCUUUGCACCAAGCAAUGACUGCAUGCGAAACUCGAAAGAAUGAGUCUGUGAACACUGAAAUAAUGAAAUUACGUGAAUCGACGCAAGUAUUAAACAGUAUUCUGGCCAGUCUAAACCUUCCUGCCGCCAUUGAAAACCACGUGGGCUGUGUGUUGCCACCAUCUUUGUUGGAGAAGAGUGAAGAGGUGCGCAAUAAAGGCGGUAUCGAGCACGUUCGGAAUCUUAUUACCGAAUUGCCCGAUUUGUUGAAACGAAACCGUGAAAUUUUGGACGUAACAGAUCGAAUGCUGGACGAAGAAGCUCAGUCUGACAAGGAAUUGCGCGAACAGUUCAAACAAUUGACGCGAACUCCUUCGGACAAAUUGACCAUCAAUUUCCGAUCGAAUGCAGCUAAAUACCGUGAGAUCAUAAAUAACGCCGUUCAGGCCGAUAAAGUUGUUCGCGACAAAUUCGACAAGUGUGCACACGGUAUGGAGAUGUUAUCGAAAAAUGCAGGCGAAUUGGAACGGGCAGUGCCAAGCAGCAACAAAGCCGACAUGCCCAACUGUUCAUCCAUUCAAAUGCUGCGACAAUUAAUGGAAUCGGUCGCCACUUUGAAGGCAGAACGGGACGUGAUUGAAUCGGAAUUGAAAUCAGCAACGGUGAAUAUGAGAGAUGAAUUUUUGGAAGCAUUGAGUAAGGAUGGUGCUAUCAAUGAGCCGGCAUUGUCGGUGCCAGGAAUCGGAAAGAUUCUGGGCCCUAUGCAAAACCAUGUUAAAGACAGCAUUCAACGCCAAGAGAAACUUGUUCAAGACAUACAAUCAGCACAUAAGAACUUUGUAGCCGAAACGGGUGCUGGAACUGGUUCGCGGGAUGAAUUCUUUACCGAAUUGGCACAAGCGUAUGCUAGCUAUAUUGAACUUGAGAAUAAUCUGAAAGAAGGAACCAAGUUUUACAACGAUCUUACUCAGCUGCUCGUUGCCCUCCAAAACAAAGUUUCCGACUACUGUUUCGCCCGUCAAACCGAGAAGAAAGAAUUUUUGAAGGACCUAACAUCGGAACUCAGUAAUCAUAAUCCAGCCGCGCCACCAGCGGCUCCAGCAAACUUCGGAUCGACCAAUCCAACUCCGCCCACAUCAACUGCACCAUCUUCAUCUCCAUAUCCUACUCAAAUUCAAGGGAUGCCAAUACCAUAUGGAGCUUCGCCUGCGGCUCCAUAUCCAGCUUAUGUGCCGCCACCAAUGCCUCAAGGUUUUAAUCCUUACGCAACACUACCAUACCCUACCAAUCCGUAUAACUACCAAAACUUCCCACAAGGACCGCAACAAUAUGGAACGUAUCCAGGCAGUUAUGCUCAACAACAACAGCAGCAACAACAACCACCACCAGGCUAUCCCGGCUAUAAACCUCCAGGAUGGUAAGGUUGCUGUACCGGACAAAUUUGGCAUUUGAAAUCAACAAUUUCGGGAAAAUGGUGUCGUCAUUAUGAUGUCAGGCGUCUGAUCAAAAUAAUUUGUCUGUUUGUUGAUUCGACUUUAUGAUUUAGCGAUAUAGCAUUUUGAAUGCAAGUUCUAAUAUUGAAAUUAAUCAUUUUUUUUUCUUCUAUUUUUUAUUGUUGAGCAUAAGCAUAUUACGCCCUAACCGAAAUGCGAAAAUAAAUCAAAAAUUUUAAUGAA